GUACAUAAAAACCUAAAUUUAACGAAUGACCAGCUAAGCUUGCCCGCGGCUACACGCCAAUAUUUGAAACCAAAGAAAAAAUUUCUCAGAUUACCAUAACCCCACCCCCUAUUUAUUUACCACUCCACAACGACGAUAUUCAUGAUCUUCAAUUUGUGUGGAAUUGGAAAUUUCUGAAUUAAUCGGGUUGGGUCUGAGAAGAAUAAGAAGAAGAUAUUGUUAAGGAUUUAAUUUAAUCAUGAAGUUUGGAGAAACUUUUAUGGAGUAUCUGCAGGGCGAUCAAGGGAAAAUUUCGGAAAAAUAUUCGCCGCAUGUUGAAUACAAAAGGUUGAAGAAGGUUCUCAAGAGUUGCAGAUCUUGUAGGGCUUCCGCUCUAAAGGAAUCUAAUUCUAAUGGAGAAGAUGACGAUCAUGAAGCUUUGAAUUGCCAAUUCGAGUCUUGCCAAUUAUGUGAUCAGAAGUUCUUUUCUGAAUUGAAGAAGGAGGCUUCUGAUAUUGCUGGUUGCUUCAGUUCUAGAGUGAGAAGACUUCUCCAACUUCAUACUGCUCCCGGUAUGCAAAAGUACCUGGUAAUCUUGCGUCAAUGUUUCAAGAAUGAUCAGCAGGCCAUGAUGCAAGAGUGCCAAAUAUUAAUUGAAUAUGCAAUGAUGAAUGCUAUUGCUAUGCAAAAGAUCCUUAAGAAAUAUGAUAAAGUUCAUUGCUCGGUGAAUGGAAGGAACUUUAAAUCGAAGAUGCGUGCUGAACGCCUAGAGAUUCUACAAUCACCAUGGUUGAUUGAACUAGGGGCUUUAUAUUUGAAUUUCAAUGAAUCAAAUGGUGGGAAGUCUAAUGAGCUUUUCAGUCAAUUUUCUUGCAAUCUCAGUGAUACAGAGCCUAUUAUGACUUUGAUGUUUCCAGAUUCUGUAAAACUAGAGUACAAUCUGACUUGUCCAAUCUGCUUGGAUAUGGUCUUCAAUCCAUAUGCUUUAGGCUGUGGGCAUCUUUUCUGCAAAUCUUGUGCUUGCUCUGCAGCUUCUGUGAUGAUUUUCCAAGGAAUUAAGGCUGCAAGUAAGGAGUCAAAAUGUCCAGUUUGCAGAGAGGUUGGAACUUAUGCUAAUGCUGUGCAUAUGAUGGAAUUAGAUUUGCUUCUGAAGAAAAGAUAUAAGCAGUAUUGGAAGGAAAGACAUGCUUCUGAACGAGCUGAAUCAGUGAAGCAAUCGAGGCAGUACUGGGAUCUCCAAACGAGAUAUGUUAUUGGUUAUUAGAUACUGUGUUCAUUAAUCUGAUAUCAGCUUUUGGCCGAUUCAUCUAUCUUAACAUAACAGCAUAUGAGCGCGAUGGAGCAGUCUGGAGGAUCUAUUUUCUCUGAGCUCCAACUUUUUGAGGAAACAAAAUCACUUCAUCUGGACAUUAGCAAAUCACCAUCUGGUCUUUUUGGUUCAUUUAGAUGAAUAUUUCUUGACACUGUUAGGUUUCUGAUUCCUAGAUUAUUGGAGUUUGCCAAAGUGCCUCGAAUUCAGCAUUGUAAUUAAAUGUUUUCCAUGCCCUUUAUUUGAAAAUUUUCUGAGACAUCAUCACAAUCAGGAAAGCGGCAAUUUUGAGUUGUAUUUCAGAUGUAACGUCAAUCAGGGCCUUAAUGGAAUUUAUCCUUAAUUAAAAUUCGUUUUUUCUGUC